CUCUCACAAUCUGCUCGAAAUAUCUUGGUCAGGAGUCUCAGGAUGUCUAGUGACCCUGAGUGAGGUGCUGCCUUUUAUUCCUGAGCAUCUUUGGAAGCAGGAAGCAGGGAGCAACGGUAGCGAGAGGUAUUCCGAUCUGAGUACCAGCAGGAAGAAGAAACAGAGGAAGAAGUCCCCGAUAAGGAAGGCGUGAGGAGCGCAGGAAGCGCUGUUUACCUGCCUGAGAUCUUUAUUCUACUAGGUCUUUAUUCUACAUAGCCGAUACGCUGUAAGAUUCUGGAGGAGAAGGCUAGGGGUUUAAGGUUGGUAAUCUCUCAGAAGAUCUGCGUCUCGGUGACGGGAAAAACUAAGGCUACUCACAGAUGGAAUUCUAAAGUGGUAGCAGACCCUGAAGGACAAUGUCACCAUCAGAACCACCAACAAGGACAAACUGUCCCUCUCCUGCAUCACCCUGCACACCAUCUGCAUCCACAAAAAUGCUCAUUCUUCAACAAGCCUCCUAUUUCUUUUGGGUGACUGAGAACACUGCCCAGCACCUCCAUCACAUACUUUAGCACUUCCCACCCUGACUUAGGGUCCCAUAUGCCUCCCGUUUCUUCUUGACCAGUGACCUGCCACUGUGGGCACUGUCAUUCUACAUGUCAGUGAGUGCAGAGUGCUGUGGUGUCCGUGCAGACUAUCUUUGAGCUGACUCUGCAGGCCAGUGACCAGGGUUCAACUUGCUCAGUGUCGUCCUGAACCUGCAUGUGAUGGUGGAUGACCAUUGCAAAAAUGCAAGGACACUAUGCCAGGAGUUGCAGCCAAGUGGGGCCCUCUUUGAUGCUGCACCACUCACAAUGCAACCCAACUAUCCCAUCACCAAAGUGGACACCAGCUGGGGCACAAAGGCUGACUGUCCUAUCAUGUGCCUCAGGCCAGCUAAUGUGGCUCUUCAAACUAGGGAUGUGCACGAGCUAGAUGUGUGCUGUGUCACUGUGGGUAACAGAGAUGCAACCUGCCAAGGUUUGUUGGUCACCGUAGUCAAUGGUGAAUCAUCGCACUGAAACAUCACCUGGUUGCUGCUCACAGUUUGCAGGAGUUGCUGCCAGACCUCAGCAAUCGCCCAGCACCCAACAGCAGGCAGCAGACAGUACCCAACAGCUGAUGAUGGCUGUUGCCUUGAUCUCCAUGCUGUUUCUCCUCAGUGUGACUCUGGCCAUCUCUCUGAACCUGCAAUGCCCCCUAUAGCCCCACUGCCUGGGGCUGUUUUCAGCCGGAUCUCUGGUCCAAGCCGGGAUAUGGAGUUGUCUCCAACUUAAAGGAAGGAAAUUUGCCCUGUUCCUACAACGUAUGUGUGGUUUUAGAUAUUUUAAAAUUUUAAUUUCUUUAACUCAAGAAACAGCUUUCAACCAGUUAUUCUCUGCAGUGCCAGCAAUGAAGCUUUGUUUUAUUUUUGUUUUUGUAGAAACGGGGUUCACUAUGUUGACCAAGCUGGUCUCAAACUCCUGGCCUCAAGUGAUCUGCCCACCUUGGCCUCCCAAAGUGCUGGGAUUGCAGGCGUGAGCCACUGCACAUGGCCAGCAAUGAAGCUUUAAAUGUUGCAUUUGAUUCAAAUGUAUUUGUGUGAUAUUUUAACAUUUUUAUUUUAUACUUAUCAUCCUUUUAUAAAUCACUCCUGCGUGUUUUUGGUUGCUGAGAGUAGGGAGCUCUUCAGGUUUACUUACUAGUUCUUAUGUACAUUUUAAUUUGCCUCAUUAACUCACAAUUUCUUUGGGGAAAAGUUUGUGCCUAUUAAUGUGUGUUCUGAAAAGUUACAUUCUCUGUUAAAGAGUUACUUCCUUGCAAUAUUGAAGGUGAUUUAUUGCACCUUUAAAUUUCUACUCUUUGGCUCCAUAUACUUGUCUUUGAGAAGGUGAGAAACUGUAGAUUUGGUUAAGAACUAAAGUUCUCUUUCCAAAAACUAUUCUUGAGACCUUUAAUUGUUUUCUUUCUUUCUUCAUUUUUAACUUUUCUCAGUCAUGGUGUCCAUGGGUUGGCUGGCCAAAUUUGUUCCUGAAACUAUCAGACUCUGGAGUACGGAUAGCAUGCUUCUCUAACUUUGGGGUAAAGAUAAGUAAGUCACUCUAAGCCUGAGACAUUUUAAUUAGUAACCCUUUGCUAAUAGUGCAGUGAUUAAAAAAAAGAAGGCCACAUCCUCAUCUUAACUGGUUAAAAAAUACUGUUAAGAGAAAACCAACUUCUCUUGGAGAAAAUAUUAAGCGCGAUUAUAGGGGAAUACAUAUAAUAAGAGCCUAUCUAAAAAUAAAGAUGAGACCAUUUUUCUUUUCAGCUGUGAAGAAUAAUAUCAUAGAUUUUGUCUCUGAAAUUUGAAAUCUAAAUUGUAUAUUCAUAUGACUUUUCAAUGAAAUUCCAAGAGCCCAGUUUUAUUUUUUUCAAAAUAUAUUGCCUUUGGUGAAUCUUAAGAAUUUUUAAAAACCUACAUAAUGCAAAGACACUUCAAAAAAGAGAGGAAAAAUAAGGAUAGGGUUAAACCAUGCUCUUCAAAAUCCCAAAGUUUCUGAUAAAUAUUCAAAUCAUAAUGGGAAGGAAAUGGGAUGGUAUGAUUUUUUAAAGUCUAGCUUAUGUUCUAAAAGAUUAUUUUUCCCUCUAAUACUUUUCAUCCUCCAGUCAAAGGGGAGCUGCUCUAUGUGGCCUUGGAAAUUACCAAGUGGUCAAGCUUUACUACAGAAAAAGUGGAGGAUGAUUUUGUCCUCAUUGUGAUGUUAGGUUUUUACUAUCAUUCCCUGAAUAGCAAACAAGGAAAGCAGAUAACAUGGGAAUACUGGGAUUCUCCUGUAUAUUUCAAUUUGGUGACAUUUAGGCACAUUUAAAGAAGUGAACGAAUAGUUUCUCCUUUUCAUACAUAUAUUGUAGAAUGAUUUCCUUGACAAUAGACUAAAACUUAAGAAAAUAUCAAGUUAAUGAGAAGGUUUUAAGUAUUUGCUAGGAAUGCAGUAACUGGUUAGGACUGUGGGCGCCGCUGUUCACUAAUCUGGUAUAUACAGGCAGUACACACACGUCAGGAGGAGGAAAAAAAAAAAAGAAAAAAGCCCUUGUGCCUCUUAGAACCUCCAUAACCGCCAGAUUGAAAACAGACUGUCCAAGACUGCCUAAAUCCUACUUCUGGAUGACUCUCCACGCAGAAUUCUCCUGAAAAUUGGGUUAAUUUCAGCUCAGAAAAGCAGAAACGAUACCCUUGGUACUGGACUGGAAGAAAACUACGAAGUGAGAGAGCCAUGAAGAUUCAGAAAAAGCUGACUGACUGCAGCAGGCUGAUGCUUCUGUGUCUUUCUCUGGAGCUGCUGUUGGAAGCUGGGGCUGGGAAUAUUCACUACUCAGUGCCGGAAGAGACAGACAAAGGUUCCUUCGUGGGCAACAUCGCAAAGGACCUAGGGCUACAACCCCAGGAGCUGGCAGAUCGCGGAGUCCGCAUCGUCUCCAGAGGUAGGAUGCCGCUUUUCGCUCUGAGUCCUAGAAGUAGCAGCUUGAUCACCGCGGGCAGGAUAGACCGGGAGGAGCUCUGCGCUCAGAGCUUGCCGUGUCUCGUGAGUUUUAAUAUCCUUGUUGAGGAUAAAAUGAAGCUUUUUCCUGUUGAAGUAGAAAUAAUUGAUAUUAAUGACAACACUCCCCAAUUCCAGUUAGAGGAACUGGAGUUUAAAAUGAAUGAAAUAACCACUCCAGGUACCAGAAUCUCAUUGCCUUUUGGGCAAGACCUUGAUGUGGGUAUGAACUCACUCCAGAACUACCAACUCAGCUCUAACCCUCAUUUCUCCCUGGAUGUGCAACACGGAGCCGAUGGGCACCAACAUCCAGAGAUGGUGCUGCAGAGUCCCUUAGACAGAGAAGAAGAACCUGUCCACCACCUCAUCCUCACAGCUUCUGAUGGGGGUGAACCAGUCCGUUCAGGGACCCUCAGAAUUUACAUUCAGGUGGUAGAUGCAAAUGACAAUCCUCCAGCAUUUACUCAGGCACAAUACCAUAUAAAUGUCCCCGAAAAUGUGCCGCUGGGUACUCAGCUGCUCAUGGUAGAUGCCACUGACCCUGAUGAGGGAGCCAAUGGGGAAGUAACAUACUCCUUUCACAAUGUAGACCACAGAGUGGCCCAAAUAUUUCAUUUAGAUUCUUACACAGGAGAAAUAUCAAAUAAAGAACCACUAAAUUUCGAAGAAUACAAAAUGUAUUCAAUGGAAGUUCAAGCCCAGGAUGGUGCCGGGCUCAUGGCUAAAGCUAAGGUACUGGUCAAAGUUUUGGAUGUAAAUGAUAAUGCCCCAGAAGUGACCAUCACCUCUGUCACCACUGCAGUUCCAGAAAACUUUCCUCCUGGGACCAUAAUUGCUCUUAUCAGUGUGCAUGACCAGGACUCAGGAGACAAUGGCUACACCACAUGUUUCAUUCCUGGAAAUUUACCCUUUAAAUUGGAAAAGUUAGUUGAUAAUUAUUACCGUUUAGUGACCGAAAGAACACUGGACAGAGAACUUAUCUCUGGGUACAACAUCACAGUAACAGCAACAGACCAAGGAACUCCAGCUCUAUCUACUGAAGCUCACAUUUCACUGCUAGUGACAGAUAUCAAUGACAACUCCCCAGUCUUCCAUCAGGAUUCCUACUCUGCCUACAUUCCCGAAAACAACCCCAGAGGAGCCUCCAUCUUCUCUGUGAGGGCCCACGACUUGGACAGCAAUGAGAAUGCACAAAUCACUUACUCCCUAAUAGAGGACACUAUCCAGGGGGCACCCCUAUCUGCCUACCUCUCCAUCAACUCCGACACUGGGGUCCUGUAUGCGCUGCGAUCCUUCGACUAUGAGCAGUUCCGGGACUUGCAACUGAAAGUGAUGGCGCGGGACAGUGGGGAUCCGCCCCUCAGCAGCAAUGUGUCGCUCAGCCUAUUCGUGCUGGACCAGAACGACAACCCGCCCGAGAUCCUGUACCCCGCCCUCCCCACAGACGGUUCCACCGGCGUGGAGCUGGCGCCCCGCUCCGCAGAGCCUGGCUACCUGGUGACCAAGGUGGUGGCGGUGGACAGAGACUCGGGCCAGAACGCCUGGCUGUCCUACCGCCUGCUCAAAGCCAGCGAGCCGGGACUCUUCUCGGUGGGUCUGCACACGGGCGAGGUGCGCACGGCGCGAGCCCUGCUGGACAGAGACGCGCUCAAGCAGAGCCUCGUGGUGGCCGUCCAGGACCACGGCCAGCCCCCUCUCUCCGCCACUGUCACGCUCACCGUGGCCGUGGCCGACAGGAUCCCCGACAUCCUGGCCGACCUGGGCAGCCUCGAGCCCUCCGCCAAACCCAAUGAUUCGUACCUCACUCUGUACCUGGUGGUGGCGGUGGCCGCUGUCUCCUGCGUCUUCCUGGCUUUCGUCAUCGUGCUGCUGGCGCACAGGCUGCGGCGCUGGCACAAGUCACGCCUGCUACAGGCUUCGGGAGGCGGCUUGGCGAGUAUGCCCGGUUCGCACUUUGUGGGCGUGGACGGGGUUCGGGCUUUCCUGCAGACCUAUUCCCACGAGGUCUCCCUCACUGCGGACUCGCGGAAGAGCCACCUGAUUUUCCCCCAGCCCAACUAUGCGGACACGCUCAUCAGCCAGGAGAGCUGUGAGAAAAAGGAUUUUCUAUCAGCACCCCAGUCUUUACUUGAAGACAAAAAGGAACGAUUUUCUCAGGUGCAGAAAUUAUUUAGGCCUCUGAGCGUCGCUGUUGACCACCUAAGGAGUAAAAGGCAGCGAGACAUCCAAUCCAGCAAUACGGCUCCCACAGCACAAGGGGCUGGAGGUUUGGCCCUAAAGCUUCAGGACACCAAAGAAAUUCAGUCGAACAGCCCACCAGUUCUCUCCAUAAGGACCUGGGUCCCCUGA